AUGUAUGAGGUGGCCGAGUUAGCUAAAACGGACGAAACACAAUUGGAAGCGUUUCUAUCUCAUUUCGCGGUCAUUAAGAAAUUAUGUGACAAUUUCGAAGAGGCGCAUUUUGAUAUUCUCAGCGUGAUCGAGAGCGACCAGGAGGAGCAGGAAGAUAUAAUUCGCGAGCAAUUCGAUAAUAUUUAUUUUACUAUCGUUCAACUUCGUGACUCGUCAGGCAACUUUCAAUCGUUUCGCGCCCUCAUAGAUUCUGGAAGCCAAGCUCACUUCAUAACCGAACGCGCUGCCUCUCGUUUGGGGGUAGGUUGUACUCCCACUUCUCGGCGGGUUCGGGGUUUAGGUCAAUCGUCUUCUGCUGUUACCGGAACAAUCAGACUCGAAGUCGGUGCUCAUGGUAAGAGUCUUCUUCAUGUUGACGCGCUCACGUUGCCUACCAUAUGCGGCAAGAUGCCAACUACACGUAUUGAUAAAUCUUCGUGGCAUCAUUUGCAGGGCCUACAGCUUGCUGACCCGGAGUGUCACAAGCCCGGUCCUAUCGACCUUCUCCUCGGCGCCGAGGUAUUUGCUUCGCUGUUACUGCCCGGUAAUAUUCGUGGCGAUUCUAAGCAGCCCUCUGCCCUCAACUCAGUUUUCGGCUGGCUACUCCUUGGAGGUGUAGGUGGUAAGGAGGAGGAGAUUCAAUCCUUUUUUGUCAAAAAUGACGAUCAGUUAAACGCAGAUAUUAAACGCUUAUGGGAGUUAGAAGCUUUUGAUACUCCUAAACGUUUAAGUCUUGAAGACGAACGAUGCGAGGAGAUUUUUGCCUCUCAAUAUUCUCGUGAAUCAACCGGAGGUUACAUUGUUUCUUUACCUUUCAAAACCAAGGAGAAGGUUGAAACCUUUCCUGGUUCUCGUGAAAUCGCUCUUCGUUGUUUCCACACGAUUGAACGAAAACUCGUUAAGAACUCCGACUUGUACCAACAAUACAGCGACUUUAUGAGGGACUAUUUGGAUGCAGGUCACAUGAGUUUGGUUCCCAUUUAUGACUUGAGGAAAGGAAAAUAUUAUAUUCCUCAUCACUGUGUAUUACGCCCCGACUCAGCUACGACCAAGCUUCGCGUCGUUUAUAAUGCUUCUUCAAAAGAUGCAAAAGGCAUUUCACUUAAUGACACUCUCCUCAUAGGACCCAAACUUCAAUCAAAUAUUGUCGAAAUUCUUCUUAACUUUCGGACUCAUUUUGUGGUUUUUACAGCUGACAUGCGACAAAUGUAUAGAAUGAUUUCAAUACACAACGAUGACCGUGAUUAUCAACGUAUCUUCUGGCGUUUCAAUCCCGAUGAACCUGUGCAAGAGUAUCAGCUCAACACCGUUACGUAUGGCGUGUCUUCCGCUCCCUUCCUCGCAUGCCGUACUAUCAAGCAACUGAUUGCAGACGAAGGUUCAGCGUUUCCUCUCGCCAGCAAAGUUUUAUCUUCUGACUUAUACAUUGACGAUAUUGUAACCGGAUGUGACACCCUCGAGACUGCUUUACAAGCCAAGUCCGAAGUCAUCGACUUGCUUCGACGAGGCAAGUUUGAGCUUCGUAAGUGGGCAAGCAAUUCACCAAAACUUUUAGCAGAUUUACCGCCAGAGCACUGCUUAACCGCUCCUGUCACUCUCGACAUAAAGGAGAACCCCACGCUUAAGGUUCUAGGCCUUAAAUGGGAUCCUCUUCGUGACUGUUUCUUCUUCGCGGUAACCCCGCAAGUCCAGAAAUGUACGAAGCGUAACAUUCUCAGUGAACUUGCUCGCAUUUACGACCCUUUAGGUUUUCUUUCGCCACUGACAAUCAUUGCAAAAAUUCUCGUACAACGUCUCUGGAUUCUUGGUGUAGGGUGGGAUGAAGAACCUCCUGAAGAUAUUGUUAACUUCUGGUAUCGUUACUUUGACGAGCUACCUCUUUUGCGAUCGUUACAGAUCCCUCGAUGCGUCACAGUAAAACGAAUACAAUCAUGUGAAAUCCAUGGCUUUUCCGACAGUUCUGAAACCGGUUACGGAGCGGUUAUCUAUUUACGUACUAUCGACGCUGAUGAAAACAUUCAAGUCUUCUUUGUGUGCUCGAAGGGUCGUGUGGCUCCUACCAAGUCAACGUCAUUACCUCGUCUUGAGUUGUGUGCUGCUGUCCUUCUCGCCGACCUGCUAAAAUUAAGUGUCUGGUAUGCGACACUCAUACGCUCCGUCCAAUCACAAGCCGUGUCUGGCUUGCUACACGGCGGUGACGAAAUCGACGUCAUUGAGAACGACUGA